CCAUCUACAACGCUUGCCAUCAUUGUUCUUUCGCCGCCUCGCCACACCCCGCCAUCUGAUCUGAUCCGAUCACCUCCCUCAUCACUCUUCGUAGCCCUACGUCAGACCUUAGCUUGGCGCCUCGUUUGCCCUCGACCGGUACCAGGCAAGACAAGCAAGUCAGCCGCCAAAGGCAGCUUGCUAUUUCUCCCCAUAUUUCCUCGCCAUCCGCACCUACUGCCCUACAUACCGUCAAACACCUCCACCUUCCAUCUCGCGUACCCGCUCCCUCUGCCUGCCAUGGCGGACGCCGCCAACACUCUCGCACCGAGCAGUGCUUCACAGCCGGUUUCGGCCGCUGCAUCCAAAGACCCUUCGAGGGCCACGACACCCGCAAACGCACCCGUGGAAAAACCACCAGACGAUAGCUCCAAGCUGAAGACGUUCCUGGGCGUGCUGAGGAGGUUCAUUGGCGUAUCGGAUCUCGCUGCCGUGCGAUUUUCCCUUCCCGCCCAGUUGCUGGAGCCGACACCCAAUCUUGACCCGAGGCCUUCAUUAGGUGAGCGAGCAUCACAUACGGUGGCCGGCUCUUCGUUCUGCACCGUCGCUGACUCGAAUAGCAUUGGCGAUUCAGACGAGCCGCUUGGGCGCAUGCUAGGGACGUUGCGAUUUUGGUUCACAAAGGACUUGAAAUAUGUCAAAGGCAAGCCGUGCAAGCCUUACAACUCUACAUUGGGCGAGUUUUUCAGGUGUAACUGGCAGAUCGAAGACACGCAGCCUCCCUUGAAACAUUCUCCCAAUUCGGCACCUUCGAGCAGCGCCACCAGCACCGCGGGUGACAACAAGCUCGUCAAAGUGUCGUACUUGACCGAACAAACUUCACAUCAUCCUCCCGUCUCCGCCUUCUACAUCGACUGCCCCGAAAAAGGUAUCUCGGCUAGGGGUUUUGACCAGCUAAGCGCAAAGUUCACCGGCACCAGUGUCCGGGUUAUCGCCGGAGCUCAUAACCUAGGCAUCUUCAUAAAUCUUCAGAACCGCGACAACGAAGAGUACCAGCUUACCCAUCCAGCUGCGUAUCUAGGUGGAAUCUUGAGGGGUGCUUUGAGUGUCUCCGUUGCUGACUCCUGUUUCGUUACUUGCACGAAGACAAAGAUAAAGGUCAUACUCGAGUAUCAAGAGGAGGGAUGGCUGGGGAAGUCGCAAAACAAGGUCUUGGGUGUCAUCUUUAAGUUCGACCCGGACAAUGAUACCAAAACUAAGAUCAAGGAAGUUUCGGAUAAGGACAUAUUGGCACGGAUCGAAGGCAACUGGCAGGAUAAAAUCUACUACACCCUAGGAAACCAACCCUUUGCUAAGAACCACGAAAAACAUCUCCUCCUGGAUCUGAAUCCAUUGUAUCCCAUCCCUAAAAACAUCCCACCGCUUGAGCAACAACUUCCCAACGAAUCGCGCAAAUUCUGGGAAAAUGUUACAAACGCAAUCGUCAACAAGCAGUAUUCACUUGCAACUACCCUUAAGCAAGAGAUUGAGGAGAACCAGAGGAACAAGGCCGCGGAGAGGAAAACAUCUAACAAGGAGUGGCAACCGCGCUUUUUCACUGGCGCUGUGACACCCGCUGGCAAGCCCGAUCUCACCAAGGACGGUGAAGAAGCACUCAAGAAGUUGCAUGACGACAAGUUCGACCUUGAACCGAACAAAGAGUACGGUGCCUUCUGA